GGGAGGGGGGGGGGGCUUCUCUCUCACCCCCAUAGAGCGCAGCAUGAGCGCUCCGCAGCAAAAGGAUGUGUGAGCAGGCAGCGCGUUACUGUAGGGACGGGGUCCACAAACUGCUCAACAAAGAACAAGCCAAACUUAGAGCCCAGGAAAGCCGCGAGCAGCCGAAACCCGUAGCCGGUCAGGACAGCGAGUCCGCGACGGCAGCGCAGUCCGGAAACAGCGGCGCCCAGCCCGGUGGAAUCGACGGGCUCGUCCGCUGGAUCGUCACCAAAAUGAGCGACAACAAGAACAUCUCCAGCCGGGAGUACGCCUCCAGCAAGGAGGAGGUGGCCGUGGCUCAGGAGCAGUUCUUCGCCCCGGAGCCACGGAGAGGCAUCUCGGUUAUCCUGGAUAUAUUCAGAAGAGCCGACAAAGAUGAUGAUGGGAAGCUGUCUCUGGAUGAGUUCCAGGCUUUCUUCUCUGAUGGCACGUUGAACGAGGAGGAGCUGGAGAAACUGUUUCACACCAUCGACUCUGAUAACACCAGUAAUGUAGACACGAAGGAACUCUGUGACUACUUUGCCAAGCACAUGGGAGACUAUGAAGGAGUUCUGGCCUCACUGGAAACGCUGAACCUUUCCAUCCUCAGAGCAAUGGAUUUCACCAAAAGGGUAUAUGAGAGGGGAACCAACGUGGAACAAUUUGUGACUCGCUUCCUACUGAAGGAAUCGGCCAAUCAGAUCCAGUCUCUCCUGAGCUCUGUGGAAAGUGCGGUGGAUGCGAUUGACGAGCAGCACGGCCAGUCUGGUCAUCAACCUGCCAAAGUGAGCCCACGGAUGCCGGACAAGCGCUAUCAGAACACCGUCCCUGAUUAUCCCCCCAACAACAGAGUGAGCGCCAGAGAGGCCGUCAGGACCAUCAACACAGCUUCAGGAGCUGUAGAGGUGAGAAAAGAAGGUCUGGAGGCUCAGAUCAAUCGCCUGGCGGAGCUGAUUGGACGUCUCGAGAAUAAGACAGUCUCGUUUGAUCUGCACCAGAGGCUAACAGAUACAGAUGGCACCCCGAGCGCAGUAAGUAAGCCAAACAUUGAAUGAAUACAUCCUGCGCCGCACGCAGCCUCCGGUCCAGCAUCGCUUACUGCCGCCUGUAGGGCGCUGAACUAACGGCGAUCUCAGCGAGUGCAUCAUGGAUGGGUUCUCCUUUAUUUCCCUGGAAACAUAUGUGGUCUGAAAUUGUUUUCUUGGCUUUAGUAAUUUAUAAGAACCAAGUAAGAAAGUCUCUCAUCUUCUUAAAGCGAUGUUUAAAAACCAUAAAGAGGUCCUCUUCUUCUACUAUAUGCCAGUGUCACAUAAUAUUACAGAAUAAUGCAUUAGAGUUUGAGGUUCUAAUGCAAAAAUAUGUGGAAAAAGUUUGAGUUAUAAAUACUGUUGUGACUACAAGUUUAAAAUGUAUUGUUUUCAGUUGAUUUGCUUACUAAAAAAAACAAU